AUGAAGACUGUGCUGAUCAUUCCUCCGUUGAAUGAGACCCCUGUAGAGUAUUUGCGGAAUCGGGCACACGAAGUAUCGGACAACUCAUCGGUAUUGGUCGGACGUGAUACGUUGUUGCAGGGAGAGUCAUUAAAUUUCAGUUGGCUAGUCCUGACAGAAUGGCCACCGGACUUAAGUCGGGCCACACUUGAUGAGAACCACCUUACCUUUGAUAAUGUGUCCCAAGAAAUACGCCUGUUGGACAUGGGGACGGCGUUGAAAUCGUCCUUAGGCGGGCCCCUAGGACGUGUCAGUCAAGACCAAGAUACCCACCGCUUCGACCCGUCUCAAAAUGCACCCCGCGGACUAGAUCUAUCGCCCGGUAUGUCGCCCGGUAUGUCGCAUGACAUAUCGGACAAUACCCCAAACCCCACUUCAAACGACAUGUCCCAUGACAUGUCGAAUGGUGGUGUGUCGAAUUGUGGUGUGUCGAAUUGUGGUGUGUCGAAUGGUGGUGUGUCGAAUGGUGGUGUGUCGAAUGGUGGUGUGUCGAAUGGUGUGUUGCCGGACGUUAUUCAGGGCGUUACUCACAAUGUGUCUCGCAAUGUGUCUCUCAACCCGGUGGGCGAGUCAUCUCCGCCUUUGUCUCCCAGUAAGAUGCCGGCGACGGAGUCUGACAACCGCAGUUUAUCUCCUAGUCGUAAGCAGCGCAUGUCUGUGGGAGCGGCGGUGCGGGGUAUUUUCGGAAAGGUGAAGUCCGAGGGCCGGAAGGGGUCCGUGACGGCCAAGUCGGGUACAAGCUUGGACCAAGGUCCGGAGUUGGCGAGUUCAGUGGGGGACGAUAGUUUCAAGAUGUCUUCUGUGGAAAUGUCGAGCGCCGGGCAGGACCUGCAGGUGAGCGGGAGCGGGAGCGCUAGCGGGAGCGGAAGCCAGGAUGCGGUGCGGGGAUUACGAAGACACCAAAGCGAGUUUGCUAAAAAAAAACGCAUAGUUACUCACGAGUUCGAAGAUGACCAAACUUCCAUGGCUAGUAUCCUCCAAUCCGUUGAAGAUGAUCCGGCCCACGACCCUCCCCUAUGCCCUAGCUCCAUCAAGAAACAAUCCGCUCCCCACCAACCCAGGAUCUACCUACCAUACGACAUACACGACAAACUCGUCACCGCCGACAUACUAACAGAUCUCAAUCCUCCUACUACUGCUCUCACACAGCAACUAUGGGAAAGCCAGUCAGACCCCGUCGAACAUAUCUCCUACUGCUGCCAAUAUAUACCCACAUACUUCAACGGCAUAUGUAUCGGAUGCCUGUAUAAAAUGCGUCUAAACAUAACGGUGUUAAAGAAUCGACUAGGCUUAUACAACAAGCUGCACUGCGUCUUGAAACAGAAAGAUUCCUCGUCUUUACCCGAUGGUACUCUCGGCUUCUUGGAUGGAGAUGCUCCCUUGGUUUGUCCGGAUCCCAUAGUGACAGUUUCGCACCCCAUCAAGGUGUGUAAGUCAGUGGAACUUUGUACAUACCUGAUUGAAGACGACCAGCUGUUCGUAAAGAUUGCUAACGUGACGGAAGAUUACUCGAUCAUCAUUGACUCCAUGAACACGAGAACGGCUCCGUUACAGGAGGCAGAGUUUCCCCUGGAGAUGUCGCCCAAAUCGGAAUACGUAAUAUCCGUGCCAACGUCUCUCAUGAGACCCACCAACCUCGGUGAGAAGCGGACCUGGAACGAGUUAGAUCACAAGACGGUGUUUACGUUGGCAAUUCAGUGGCACAUCGAGGGUAACACGCCGUCGUGGGCGCAGCAUGCUGCGGACUGCCGGCCGCACAUUCCAACGCCGUUACAGAUGACGUUAUUGUCGUGUGUAGGUGGGGACUCUUUGGGCAGCCAACUGACGGUGGAGGCGCUGAUCACUAACUAUGAGAACGAACCGAUCGAUUUAGUUCUACUUUCACCAGAUGUAGACGAACAACUGGACAAGAUCCUCGCACAGUGCGCACCUGGCAUACCCUACCCCUCUAACAUUAUUGCACUAAUCCGUGAAAAUCUGACUGAGUCAGCUGGCACGGCUUGGUCACUUUCAUUUCAGGUUAUCGGGGUCAUUAAACCCCGUGACUCCAAGCGAUUCUGUCUCUCCGCCUGGGUUGUUGGAGAACACGAAAAGACCCGCUUCCCUUCACUCUUUCUUCUCGACUUAACACACUCCAGACUCAUCCUGGUGGAGCCAUAA